AUGAGGAGCGGCCAGCGCUGGACGGUACUGCAGCAGCUGCUGCAGCAUCUUCUGCUGCCAUUCCCCCCGUCACGCCGUCUGCCGAGCCCCCUCUCGUCAAUGUCAACACCCACCAGUAUGUCGACAAUCUGCCAAUGGAGCAUGUCGGUCCUCCACCGCAGCAGCAGCCUGAGGCAACGAUGGACGUCUCGGGCCGUCCACCUAACCCACGGCCACACGCUGCUGCUGCUGCUGAGCGGCCAGAGGGCAUGUCGUCAGCAGCUCCGGCCCCCCGGCUCUGUCGUCAAAACGGAGCCUGUCGACACGGCACCAGCCGACAUGAACCAGCACAGCCGUCACGGCGGAACCAACAUCGAGCCACAACCACACAUCAAGCAGGAGCAGAUGGGGGAGGGAGAGGCUGGGCAACAUCACCCUCCUCCAGCAGCAGCAGCAGCAUCCGAGAGGGUGCAGGGUGCACCGCGGGUCAAGACAGAGACGGGUGCGUCCGGGGCAAACAUACGGGAUGGGCGUGGGCCGGAAGGUGCGAGCAGUGUCGGCCAUCACCAGGGUGAGGUGGUAGACUUGAUGGCCGACGAGGAGGGCGAUGAGAGCGGAGGGGGGAGCAAAGAGUACGUCAACAAGAUUCUGCCGAUGCUGUCACAUGCGGAGCUGGUGGCGGCCCUGGAGAAUCAGAGGGCAGCCCUGAAGAACCAGAGGGCACACGCUGCCCUUGAGGUCGUUGAGGAGGUCAGUGCAGCGAGGUGCAGCGAGCACACCUCCACCCCAUCCACUGCAGACAUGUGCCAUUAUCUCGCUCUCCCUCUCUCUUUCCGUUCGUGUGAGUGAUUCAGAUGACGUUUGACGGGAGGAGUUUGGCUUCUCUGCGGGAGAUGACGGUGUCUGACGUCGUCCGUGAGUUUUACGAUGGUAACCGAAAGGACAGCGCGCGAGUGUUCCAUCUCAAGAAGUGGAUCGACAAGAGUAGCAGAGUAUGCAUUCACUCAACCUGACAGCCAGCCAGCCAGAGAGACAGACAGACAGACAGACACAAGGACCACGUGUGUGCAUCAAUCAAUCAGGGCUGUCUGCGCGUGCCGCUAGCAUCGGCAUCGGCAUCAGCAUCAGCAUCAGCACGCUGACCAUAUUCCCCAGGUGACAUGAUAUCCCCACUGAACCGACGACACAGGCCACACCGUGCUCCGCUGCUGUGCCUUGUUCGUGUGUCAGAUUGACCCCAUGGCCGAGAGUUUUUCUUUAG